ACUCAAAGGAGCUUGUAAAAAUAUUGCCUUCUCCUUCUUAACGCCAAAGAUGACCACCGCCGCCAUGGUUGCCGCUGAGAAAGAAGAUCAUGUGCUCAUCUUCCCUUUCUUAUCCAAAGGCCAUACCAUCCCCCUCCUCCACCUCGCUGCCGCCCUUUCCUCCCGCAACAUCCUCGUCACUCUCUUCACAACUCCGGCCAACGUCCCCUUCUUCAGCCAUCACCUCUCUUCCUCCGGCGCCAACGCCACCAAAAUCCAGCUUCUGAUCCUACCCUUUCCCAACCACCCCGAUCUCCCCGCCGGCGUCGAGUCCACGGAUUCCCUACCGUCCUUCUCCCUUUUCCCGACCUUCCUCGGCGCAACCACCUCCCUCCACGACCACUUCCUCCGCCUUGUCCGCAGCCUCCUCAGCUCCCAUCCCCUCCCCUCUGCCUCAUCUCCGACUUCUUCUUAG